UCUCUCCUAUAUAUCACCCAACUCUCUCCCAUCUUCAAAAGAAAUCUCUCUCUCUUUCUCUCCCUCUCUCUCAUCUUUGCAUAGGCAAAAUAACACUCAAAUUUUAAAGAGGCAAAAGAAAUACAAAAAAAAUAGCAAAUAAAAAAUGGGAAAUUGCUUGAAGCAACAAUCAUCAACCAACUAUGCGACCGACGAUGAAGAUUGGGAUUUUUCGUCGUCCAAAGGCAAUUACGCAGCCAAAAGCAACUAUGCCGAUGCCAAAACGACUACCGAAGUGAAGAUCAAGAUUACCAAGAAACAGUUAGAAGAGUUGUUGAGCAAAGUGGACAUGAGGGAGUUAAGGGUGGAACAAGUUUUAGCCCAAUUGAUGAAUCAUAGUAAUGGCUAUAAAUCACUUCAAAGAUCUUGGAGACCUGCACUUCAAAGCAUCCCUGAAAUGGAUUAAGGUUCAUUUAGAUUAGUUUAGGUGUAUUAAGUUGAAGAAAAUGAGUAUUGGCCUAUUGGGUCAAUCUUGUUUAAAUGG